AUGACUCGAUGGGUCUCCAAGCCAGACGCGGCCACUGAGACCAACGAUAAGAAGGUCUUUGUUGGUGACGAAGAUAUGGGUGUUUUCACAUCUUGCUCAAAAAAGAAGUCCUUGCUGGUUGUGGAAGAAUUAUAUAAACUUGCUGUUCUCGAUCCACAACCGUAA